AUGCUUGUUGUGGAGGACAUAGAUUGUUUCAGAAAACCGAGUGGUAAAGAUGGCGACUUUUCUCUGUCCUGGUUUCUGGGAUUUGUGGAUUGGAUGUGGGCGAGCACAGGGGAGGACCGGGUGCUCGUUUUCACGGCGAAGAAGAAGGACCGGGUCGACUCUGUCCUCCUUCAACCGGGCCGAGUCGACAUGUGUCUGCCGAUGGGCUACUGCAGGGCUUCGGGGUUCAAGAUUCUGGCUUGGAACCACCAUGAAAUUAAUGAGCAUUGGAGAUUUAGGGAAAUUGAAGGGUUAUUGGAGGAGGUGGAGGUGACGCCGGCGGAAGUUGGGGAGGAGCUGAUGAGAAGUGAGGAUGUAGAUGUGGCGUUGGAUAGUUUGGUUCAGUUUUUGCAUAGAAAGGGAACAGUGGAAAGUGGGGUAGAGAAUGGUGGUGGGUUCUCCGGAGAGGGGAAUCGGCAGCGAACUCCGUCGAUGGGGG